AUGGCUGCAAUGGCGGCGAACCCAUCCAACGUACACAACGUAAGCAGCAGUGGCGAUAUCGAGGGCUCUGGUCAGACAUUGACAGCUCCGCAGGCACGUGCGAAUCGAGGUUCCAGCAUGACUUCCGGAAUGAACAAUGACCGCUCUCGCGGAUCCAGCAACUCCCACGGUAACAAUGGCGUGGGAUCAGGAUUUGGAGCUGGAAGAGCCAGCUGGAGUGGAAAUAUCUGGGGUGAUUCAAACCUAGGUGGUGGUUUCGCUGAUGGUAUGUCCGAUGCGCUGGACCGUGAACUAGGGCUGAUCAAAAAUGCAGAACAACAAAUCGGCGAUCAAGUCUAUGAAGCCAAGUCCGGCUCCGGUUCUUUGCUAUCGACAUCCGAGUCGGACAACUGGUCGGGUCGCCCGAACCUGCCAUGGAGCACCGUCAACACCCAGAUGAUGCUCAACCAAAACCGCGGCACUUCCACAUCUUCCACCUCCCCAAUCCAGACGCGCGCCAAUGAUAGAAGUGCGCCCCUUAUGAAUGACGCCGCGGAUCAAUCUUACUUUGCUCUGCCUAGGAAUGCCAUUCCAAACACCUCCCACACUACUAACCUGGCCCACCCCGCAAACAGCCGAUCCUACCUGGAUUCUGGAUCUGAAGGCGUUUCUCCCUCCCGUGACGGCAUCACUUUCGGUGGAUUCCCCGCCCUUCGAAACGGUGAUGGGCGCCGACAGAUGAGCUCUGGCGGUCUGAGUGGCAGUCCGGUCGGAGCUUCAUUCCCUGUAAAGGCUGGAUACACCGGCGGAAUGGAGGGACAGCGGUCUGACGACAUGUCAACUUCUAUCGGCAUGUCUCUGUCAGGUCUUCCCGACGGUGUGUCCCCGCCUCAGAACCGCAGUGGCAACCAGUCGCACAUCUCCCACAACUCCGCCUCCUACGCUCAACGACCUGCACACUCCGCCAAUCCCUCAUUCUACUCCGACAACCAGGCUAUGGAUAGUCGAUAUGCCGGUAACUCGGUUGAUCUGUCCCAGCAGAUCGGUCAAAUGCAGCUCCGUGAUGAUGGAUAUGGUGCUCAGGGAAACGCCCAGCGACCUCAAUUCGUGCCUCAUUCCUCAUUUGACGGCUCAAUGCCUCGGGCCCGGUACCAUGAGGAGGGUUACCAGACGGUGUCCCGCCUUAACGCUGAAGCCGCGGAGUUGCGCCUCCAGUUCCAGUCUCGCCGCGAUAUUCCAACAAAUUCCACUUCUGAUUACGCGAGAAUCGAUAGCCCCAUCUACGGUAUUGAUACUGGCAGCCAGUACAGAAACCCUGGUCAGCGUAUGCCUGAUAGCCAGGUUGCUGCUCUCCAGCAUCGCCUCCGGAUGGAUGAUGAUCUUGCUCAGUCUCCUGGUCCUCGCAUGCAUAUGCAAAAUUACGACUAUGCCAACUAUCACAACGCUGUUCGAAUGAAUGCCCUUCAGGGAAUGUACCCCGGUCACCAGCUUGGUGGCAUCGGUGGUGCGGCAUCAGUUGCGGGUCGCAAUCAACGUGAACAAGAUCCCACCAUGGUCAAUCGCAGCGCUCUGCUGGAAGAAUUCCGAGCCAAUAGCAAGGGCAAUAAACGCUACGAGCUUAAGGACAUCUACAACCACAUUGUUGAGUUCAGUGGAGACCAGCAUGGAUCGCGCUUCAUCCAGCAGAAGCUGGAGACUGCCAACAGCGACGAGAAAGAGCAGGUUUUCCGUGAGAUCCAGCCCAACUGCUUGCAACUGAUGACUGAUGUGUUCGGCAAUUACGUUGUGCAAAAGCUAUUCGAGCAUGGUAAUCAAACCCAAAAGAAGGUCCUCGCCAACUUGAUGCGAGGCCAUGUUCUAGCUCUCUCUACUCAGAUGUACGGAUGCCGUGUUGUGCAGAAAGCCCUCGAGCACAUUCUCACCGACCAGCAAGCCGCUAUGGUCAAGGAGCUUGAGGCGAGUGUCCUCAAGUGUGUCCGCGACCAAAAUGGCAACCACGUUAUCCAGAAGGCCAUUGAACGCGUCCCAUCUCAGUACAUUCAGUUCAUUAUCAAUGCCUUCCGCGGACAGGUGAACCGACUUGCCGCACACCCAUACGGAUGUCGUGUUAUCCAGCGGAUGCUCGAGCACUGUCAAGAGGUAGACCGUCAGUCUAUCCUCGCUGAGCUUCACAACUGUACCUCCACCCUUAUCCCUGACCAGUUCGGCAACUACGUCAUUCAGCAUGUGAUUGAGAAUGGAGAUGAAGUCGAUCGAAACAGCAUGGUUAGUGUCGUUGAGUCGUCGCUCUUGGCUUACUCCAAGCACAAGUUUGCUAGCAAUGUCGUCGAGAAGAGCAUUGAGUUUGGCGAGCCAGUCCAGUCUCGCCGCAUCGUCAAGACUCUCAUCUCUGCCAAUGAGCGCGGAGAGAGCCCUCUUCUUGGCUUGAUGCGAGACCAAUAUGGCAACUACGUCAUCCAGAAGGUUCUCGGACAGCUGAAGGGCGCUGAGCGCGAGGCUCUUAUCGUGGAGAUCAAGCCGCUUCUCAGCCAACUCAAAAAGUUCAGCUAUGGCAAACAAAUUGUUGCCAUUGAAAAGCUCAUCUAUGACGCCCCACACACAUCUACAACUCCCCCUCACUCUGUCAAGUCUUCCCCUCAGCCGACGUCGCGCUCGAUUUCCACACAGGAACCACCCCACGGAUUUGCUGCCACCGCUCCGCCAACCCCUCCACCCAUUGACAACACCACCUCUCAAACCUCUGUCGAUGCUGAUCUCGAGUCCAAGGGUCUUGCUCAGACCACCGUAUCGUCCCUUUCGUCAAGCCCCGCGACUAGUAACACUGGUGUUCCCGUCCCGGUUGAUGUGGACACUGUCCACUAA